UUUCAGAGUCGACGACCGGCGUUGUAAAUUUAUGAAUUAUCCAAGUUUUAACACGUAACCUCGUGGCGUUAUGGAAAAAAGUGUACCCAAAAUCGAAAACAUUACCCAAAUAAUGAAACGAAAUUUGCCCAGAAAAGACAUUGCAUGUGUAUCAAAAAGUCGCUUGUGUCAAUUAGCUGCACAAGAAUCAGAACUUAUAUAUGAUAGUUUCUUCAAUACAACUGUAUCAUCACAUAGUGAUAAUGAUGAAAAAUCAAAAUAUUUAAAUAAUGAUUCUAGAAUAUAUUCACAUACGAUACAUAAACGUACAGAAACGCAUGCAAUUGAAAAUGGCACUAUUAAUGAACAAAAUGAGAAUAAUAUAUGUGCAGCAUAUGAAGAUGACGAAUGUCGACAGUUAAACGAAUCGGAUUCAGAACAAUCUCCUAUAAACAUUUCUUGUGACUCAAUACCUUAUGUGGCAUCUGAAAAUACAAAUACAAGAGAUAGCGAUUUUAAAGAUAUCCUUGCUGUCUGGGCUACAGAGCAUCAAGUCUCACAUACUGCUCUGAGAACAUUACUUCAAAUAUUAAAACAACACUCUUGUUCAAGCUUUUGUCUCAACAAAAUUGUCGACAGAUGCACGAUCACUUUUAAGAACACCGAGAGAACAAGAGAUACGCACAGUAACUCCGGGAAUAUAUCACCAUUUUGGAUUACUUAAAUCUGUAUUAAAUAUAUUGACAUCCGCAAAGGAUAAUAUUGAUUGUGUGAAAAUAACUAUCAAUGUUGAUGGAUUACCACUGUCGAAAUCGUCAUCACAACAGUUCUGGCCCAUAUUAGGUUCAGUUCUUCCAUAUGAUAAUGUAUUUGUAAUUGGACUUUAUUAUGGAUAUGAAAAACCGACAAAUGCCAAUGAUUUUUUGAAGCAAUUUGUUGACGAGGCUAAAGAUAUGUGCGAAAACGGUAUUACCAUUAAUGGUCGUAAUAUAAAUUGCAGGCUUGAGGCUUUAAUUUGUGAUACUCCGGCGAAAGCAUUUGUUAUGUGUGUAAAAGGACAUUCCGGUUAUUCCAGCUGUACUAAGUGUCAAACAGAAGGAGAAUAUGUAGGAAACCGAAUAUGUUUCCCACAAAUCAAUGCACCACCUAGAACAGAUAACAAUUUCAUUCGAAAGACUGACGAUAAUUAUCACAAGCCAGAUAUCACCUGCAGUUUGUUAGAAAUACCACAUUUUAAACCAAUGUUCCGUUAGAUCCUAUGCACUUGGUGUUCUUAGGUACUAUGCGCAAAAUAAUAUAUUUAUGGCUUUCUGGGAAAUUGGAUUAUCGGCUACAAAAUAGAGCUGUUGAAGAAAUUUCUACACGUUUAACAACACUGUUGAAGCCUGCAAUACCUGUAGAAUUUGCAAGAAAGCCACGAGCACUAAAUUGUGUGAAAUUAUGGAAAGCUACAGAAUAUCGACUGAUAUUAUUAUACACGGGUCCACUGGCUUUUAAAUAUUAAAGAAAAACGUAUAUAUCAAUUUUAUGACGCUACAUGUGGUUAUUUGCAUUCUUUCUUCACCAGAUUUAAAUCAAUACAUAAAUUAUGCGCAAGAUUUGAUAUUUUUCUUUAUUGAAACAUUUAAGAAACUAUAUGGUACUGAGAAUAUGUCACAUAAUAUUCACAGUUUUGUGCAUCUUGUUGAUGACGUUAAAAGAUUUGGACCGCUUGACAACUUUACUGCAUUUAAAUUUGAAAAUUAUAUGAAAACAUUGAAGAAAUAUAUUAGGAAAACAGAAAGACCUUUACAACAAGUUGUGCGGAGAUAUUUUGAAGAAGAAAUAAACUAGGAUUUAUCACUAUCAACUUCUCUUUCAUCACGUUCUGCUUUGGUACACCCAAAUUUAACAAAUUUGCAUUAUGAUGGUCCACUUGUUUCCAAUUGUAACAAUCCACAAUGUAAAAUAGUGAAGUAUAACGGAAUUACAUUGAAAGCUGGGACACUCGCGGAUAGUUGUUGCGGCUUAAAUUGUGGUGCCAUUGUAUGUAUAGAAAAUAUAGCACACUGUUCAAAGCGAAAUGUUCCAGUCAUUAUAGGUCGCGAAUUUUUAGAAAGAAACGACUUAUAUAAUAUUCCUUGUCCAUCAUCAUUACUUGAAAUUUAUAGUGUGCACUCAUGCUCAGAAUUGAAAUCGUGGCCAUUAAAAAAUGUUGUUAGAAAAUAUGUGAAGUUGCCGUAUGAAAAUGACAAAUAUGCAGUUUUUCCAUUGAUACAUAGCAAAAUGUAAUAUGUAUUGAGACAGAAUCGCUGGCACGUUGAAGAUGUACGCAGUCGUUGAAUUUGAAGAUGGACUCUCAGUAGUUCCAUACAAAUGGUUAACUCAAGAUCUGAAGGAAGCUUUUUGGCCUAUUUACACUAGUACUGCUAGAUACGACAAAGCAGUUAAACGUAUGGAGGAGCCGGAAUCUACAUGGUCAAAAUGUUCUAUUCGAAAAAUAUAUGGGACAUAUAUGACUUAUGAUGUGGCAAGACAAAAGUGUAAACGAGCCGAAGAAGAGUCUGAUCUACAUCAAAUACCGAGAAAGAUGAAUCUCGCAAGAGAACAAGAAAAAAUAGAGCUAAAAAAGAUAUGAACUCCUCAGCGAGCAGCAAUGAACUGUCAGAUGACACUAGUAUAUUAGACAGUAUGCCAAAAGUACCAAAAUUUUUAAACAAAGUUACACAUUUGAAAAAUACCGGAAAUGCACAAAAAAGUUUUGAUGACAGAUCAUAUAAGAGACAGAGUACAAAGACAAUGAAAAAUACUGCAUCAAACAAUCAGUCCAAUGUAGGAAAGAACGAUUUUCAUCCAUCACCAGUUGUUAGUUCUGGUUACAUUAGACCCGGUGGGUCUAGGAAUUAUCAAAUAGAAGAAGAAGAACAAGACGAUCUAGUAAGUAUUGAAAGUUCUGAGCGAGAUGAAGAUAAUGAUGUUGUAUUAAGUCCGAGCUUGACCUCUAAUGAAGAUGCACGAGAUAAAAAUGUUUCGAAAGAUGAAGAAUCAUGUAAUGAUGACGAUAAUUAUAAUGUUAAUGCUUCAGUCAUGUCAUUAGCAGGAAUAAAGAAGACUAAAGUACUAGGACCAAAUUACAAUGAUGGUGAACGAAAAUCAAACGAUUCUACACGAUAUGUAAUUCGAAAACUAACGAAUAUGGAAAUGAAAAUGAAUGUCAUGCACACGGACAUAAAAAAUAUGAAAAAGCAGGUUGCAAAACUUUCAACUGGUACUUUCGAAACGAAAGAAAGACAAAAAAUUGAUAUUUUUCAAGAUCUGCCAUUGAAGGAUGAAAACGAUCUUGAAGCGAUGGAAACAAAAUUAAAAAAUAAUUCAUCUUAUCGAAGUGAAAUGACGACACAAUUGGCAUUUGUAUUGUGUCAAAACAUGAAAACAUCAUGUUUGCGACUGAUGAGACUAAUGGUCUCUAAUGACUUGGCGAUAAAGUACAGUUGGUACGGUGCAAAAAAGGAACAAAUAUUUUCCAAAUUAGAAAUUUGCAAAAUAAUUACAAAUGUGAUACGAAAAUCAUUUGUUGAUGUGACAGACGACCAAAUUUCAGCUCCGAUUAAAAUAUGGCUAGCCCAUGCCAAGGAACGCAUGACGAGAAACAAAGAACAAGAAAACAAGGACAAGAAAACGUGCCUUUGGAAAACGUGCCUUUGGAAAACGUUAGAUUGUAAAUCGGCAAUGAAUAUGAAUAUUUAUCUUUUUGCGCAAGAGUCAGAUUAGUAGCAACAUGUUUUCUUUCUUAAAAGUUUUAUUUUUUAAAUGUUGGUCUUUUUUGCAAUAUUGUCGAGAUGCUGUAGCACCAUGUUUCCUUUCUUAAAAGUUUAUUUUAAAUUUUGGUCUGCAAUAUUAGUUUUCCGUGUAUAGGAAUUAAGUGAAAGUGAUUGAUGGUAUAUUACCAAUUGUGUAUUUGUGCAAUACGUACCAAUAGCUCAACGAAUUUUGCUUCGUUUUCUUGUUUUGUAAUAACAUAACAAUGCACAUAUAAAUAAAUAUAAAUUUAUAAAAUA